UCCCUUCUCUCUCUCUCUUCGAAGUUCGUCCGCUCCUCUGACAAAAAACCGCUCCACUCCAAUUCCGGCAUAUGUACCAAUCAACCUCUUCCUCUUCAUCUUCUCAGAAAUCCAUGGGCCCCGCCGGAGGAGGCGGCGGUGGAGGCCUUACUCGCUACGGCUCCGCCCCUGGCUCUCUCCUGACCUCGGCCGUGGACUCUGUAAUCGGCGGAGGGCGCCAUCCGGACUCCACCGCGUCCCUCCGUACGCCGCCGCCGUCGUUCGGCGGCCAUUACUUCUCCUCCGCCGACUCCUCCACAUCCAACGAUCUCAAAUCCUCCUCCUCCGGGGCCGCCGCCGCCGCUGCCCUGAAUCGCUCCUACGGAAUCCACGAUUUAGCCCUAGGCGAUUUCUCGAUACCGAGAAAUUUCAAUAGCAAUGGCGGCCAAUCGUCUUCCUCCUCGCCGUUGGUUCGCCAGAGAAGCUCGCCGGCGGGAUUUCUAGGCCACUUCGCCGUCGCCGAUGGAAACGGAUCAGGGUUUUCAGUGACAAGGGGAGGUGGGAACUAUGGUUCACAAAAUAAUAACAAUGGAGUUUGCAGGCUUAAGUCUCAGCUGAGCUUCAGUGGGCAGGAUUCUCUGUCUCAGAUAUCAGAAAUGAGUGAGAGUGUGGUGGAGGGAGUCAACUCGAGCAAUGCCAAUGCCAAUAUCGCCAUCACCCAUUCCUUCGGAAUCGACUCUUGGGACAGCGCCAACUCCAACUCCAUUGUUUUCACUGCCCCUCACCCCAAACGCCCCCACCAUUCUGAUUCCGACUUCUUCAAUUGCCUCGAGUCUCAGUUUAGCAUGCCACAGACAAGCCUAGAAAUGGCAACUGUGGAGAGGCUGCUCCAAAUUCCAGAGGACUCUGUUCCUUGUAAGAUCCGAGCCAAGCGUGGCUGUGCCACUCAUCCUCGCAGCAUUGCUGAAAGGGAGAGAAGAACUAGAAUCAGUGGAAAAUUGAAGAAACUUCAAGAGCUUGUCCCCAACAUGGAUAAGCAAACAAGCUAUGCAGACAUGCUGGAUUUGGCAGUGCAGCACAUCAAGGGCCUUCAAAAUCAGAUUCAGAAGCUUAACAAAGAAGUUGAAAAUUGUAGCUGUGGAUGCAAAGGAUCCUCAUAACAUAUGGAAUUUUGGGAGUUGGAGAAUGAUACACAUCAGAAUUUUGCCUUUAAUUUCCUACUAAAUUUGUUCUUUCAACUAACCCUCAAAAAAAUUCAAAAAAUUAAAAUUAAAAUUAAAAGGAAGAACAAAGAAAUUAAAACCACAGGGCAAGUGUACAUAAAAGAAUUAGCUCUUCUCUAAUUAAUUCCCAAAUUUCAUUAGAAUAAUAAACUUAUUCUUCUUCUUA